CAACAAAGGAGUUUCUGCUUCAGCUCCAAUUUUAUCGACAAGCUGCGAGACGUGAUAAAUUCCUUCUCCGAUUCAUUCAAGACUUGACACUCGACAGAAAUUUUAAGCGAAGAUCGAUCAGAUGGCUCCAACUGUAAAGAAGGAGUAUACAGUGGUGCAAAUGUUGGAGGAGAUUAUAAGCAAUUAUUUAGUUGCCCGGUUUUGUAUACUAUAUUUCCUUUUUGCUAAACUAGAGAAGGGUAAAAAGAGAAAGAGAUUACAAAUAGUCUUACCUUAUAGCCUAACGGAUAGGGUACCCUCGCAAGUUAGUUACAUGAACAGGUUGGUCGGUGUUAACGACACAGAUUGCUUAGUAAAUCUAAGGAUGGAUAGAAAUGCGUUUGGUAGGCUUUGUUCCCUGUUCCGGCAGUUAGGCAAUCUUCGUGAUAGGAGGUUUGUUUACAUUGAAGAACAAGUGGCUAUUUUCAUCAGUAUACUAGCCCAUCAUACAAAGAACCGUAGGACGGGAUUCCACUUCUUGCGGUCAGGUGAAACUAUUUCAACAUCUGUUCACACUGUACUCAAAGCCAUCAUAAAAAUGCACACAUUGUUCCUGGUCAAACCUGAGCCAAUAAAAGCUGAUUGCGUCGAUUGGAGGUGGAAACAUUUCAAGGGUUGUCUCGGAGCGUUGGAUGGUACUUACAUAAAUAUGUUAGUUCCUAACUCAGAUAAACCGCGCUUUCGGAACCGAAAAGGACAAAUAACAACAAACACACUAGCAGCCUGCGAUCGACAUAUGCGAUUUACCUAUGUCCUACCCGGCUGGGAAGGAUCUGCUGGCGACGCUCGUGUCUUAAGGGAUGCAGUCAAUCGCCCAUACGGUCUGAAGGUCCCUUUAGGAAAUUAUUACCUUUAUGAUAAUGGUUAUGUAAACCGCGUUUCAAUCCGAAUUGUUAAUAGCAUUUAGUCGGAGGCUACUUACCUGCGCCGGAGAGUUUGCCAUCUCGACAGAAAUCGGACCACAAGCACUGAAAUUGGAAGGGUGUAGAAGCAGGAGGCGCAAGCUUGAAAAUUUGAGGAGGGAACAGCGGUAUAUAUUGCUAGGGUUUACAGAGGAUAAAAAUGGAAAUACAAUAACUUAUAAGGGGUAUAAAUGGAAAGCUGCAUUUAAACUCAUGGUGUAUUAAAGACCAACCAAACACCAAAAAUGUUAACUUAUUUAUCUAAAAAACGAACCAAACACCAACUUUGGAAAGGCCAAAGUCUGAAAAGGGAAUUGUAAAUAUGAGGUCUCCCUUUUCUAGAGAAAUAGUAUAAGGCAAUCCAAACACGCUCUUAAAGUAUUGUUAGUAGAUAUUGGAACCCACAUUAUUAUUAGUGUUUUGAUGGUGGUAUAAGUUAUAAAUUAGUAAAUGUAUACAGAUAAUAAAUUGUGAUAACUUUCCAUAAAUGAAAAUGCUCGUACUUUUAUGAGAUGAAUGAAAGAAAAAAUGUCAUAUUUUCAUGGGA